ACGUCAGUUCGUGCUGCUGCGGCAGGAGUGAACCGUCGUCGGUCGCAAUCAUGGUGCACUGUAGCUGCUUGUUGUUCCGAAAGUAUGGAAAUUUCAUUGAUAACCUCAGAAUCUUCACCAAGGGAGGAAGUGGUGGAAUGGGUUAUCCUCGCUUGGGUGGAGAAGGUGGAAAAGGUGGUGACGUCUGGGUUGUAGCCCAUAAAAAAAUGACCUUGAAACAACUGAAAGACAAAUAUCCUCAAAAGCGGUUUGUGGCUGGAGGAGGAGCAAACAGUCGGGUUAGUGCACUGAAAGGCUCCAAAGGAAAAGACUGUGAAAUCCCUGCACCUGUUGGUAUUUCAGUAAAAGAUGAAAAUGGUAAAAUUAUAGGAGAACUCAAUAAGGAGGAGGACAGAAUUUUGGUAGCUGAAGGAGGUCUUGGUGGUAAAUUACUUACAAAUUUCUUACCGUUGAAAGGCCAAAAACGAAUAAUUCACCUUGAUCUAAAACUUACAGCUGAUGUAGGCCUUGUAGGAUUCCCAAAUGCUGGAAAAUCCUCUUUGUUAAGUCGGGUUUCUCAUGCAAAGCCUGCUAUUGCAGAUUAUGCGUUUACAACAUUGAAGCCACAACUCGGAAAAAUUAUGUAUAGUGAUUUCAAACAAAUAUCUGUAGCUGAUCUCCCUGGUUUGAUAGAAGGAGCACAUAUGAACAAAGGAAUGGGCCACAAAUUCCUCAAGCAUAUAGAAAGAACUAGACAUCUACUUUUUGUUGUCGAUAUUUCUGGAUUUCAGCUUUCAUCCCAAACUCAUUACAGAACUGCCUUUGAAACCAUAAUACUGCUUACAAAAGAGUUGGAAUUGUACAAAGAAGAACUUCAGACAAAACCUGCACUCCUGGCAGUGAAUAAAAUGGACUUGCCUGGAGCACGAGAUAAAUUCCAGGACCUAAUGAACCAACUCCAGAACCCUAAAGAUUUUCUGCAUUUAUUUGAAAGAAGUAUGAUUCCAGAGAGGACUGUGGCGUUCCAGCACAUCAUCCCGGUCUCUGCAGCUACCGGAGAAGGGAUUGAGGAGUUAAAGGACUGUAUAAGAAAGUCACUGGACGAGCAUGCCGACCAGGAAAACAAUGCAUAUCGUAAGAAACAGCUGCUGAAUUUACAGACAUCCAGUGAGCCACCGUCAAAGCAUGCUGUCACAAUUCCAGAAGGGGUAGAAUUGAAGUCUGCUAACAGUGGUAUCGAUAGAAAUACUAUUUGGCCCUAAGAAAUAAGAAAAUAUUAUUUACAACAAUGUGGAUGAACCUGGGAAAUCUACUAUUAAGUGAAAUAAGCCAGGCACAAAGAGACAAAUACCGUGUGAUCCCCCUUGUGUGGGGACUGGAAAUCAUGGAAGCAGAGAAAGCAGUGGUUACUGGGCCUGGGGAUGGUGGGGAAUGGGGAGAUACUGGUCAAAGGACACAGAGUACGUCCUGGAGGUCUAGUGUACAAAAUGGAUUUUAAAAAUCAGAGUAAGACUUAAAUGCUCUCACUACAAAAAAUCAAUGUCUAAAGAGUGUGUGUUACUUAGCUCAGCUGAGCCUCCCCAUAGUUUAUACAUAUCUCAAAAACAUCCUGUUGUAACAAUAAAUACAUGCAAUUUGUAUGUGUCAACUAAAAACGGUAUUGGAACUGUGUUAAUUUGAAAGCUAUUAUAUAUUUUGAAAAAUGUUAUAAGUAACCUUCUGACAUAUGUACUGUCAUUCAAGAAUUAAACCUUUUUAAAUUAUUCUCUUGUAGUUAAGUAUCAAUAAUAAAACUGAAAGCUACAUUUUACAAGUUUAUAGCCAACCUACCUAUAGUAACAUUCUCUGAUACUCAUUACUUAGGAUACCUGUACUGAGAUCAGUUUUUUAAAUUGUGGAGAAGCAUUCCUUAGGUUGUUACUAAAAUAAGCAACUAGACUUUGCUUUUGAUUUUGUCAUGUGCCUGACUGAACUAAAUAUACUAGUUCCCCAAUAGAGAAAACUUCUAAACCCUAAAUUUGAAUAAGUGUUCAAUGAAAAUAAAGAUUACUGAUAAUAUUUAGCAGAAACCAGAUGAUAGAUGUGAUUUGUGCUCUUGGAAAAUAAUUCCUUCCUUAAUAUCAUAGAAUUUUUUUUUCCCUGGUUUGAAAGAGGCUGAUCUUUUUGUUUUAUUUUCUUAUAUCCUAGUCUGUUUCAUUGUCCACUUCAUAUUUUAGCAAAGAGAAUAAGAAAUGCAGAUUUUAUACAAUAUACUAAUAUCUUUAGUUUUUUUGUUUGUUUGUUUUGUUUUUUGACAGGCAGAGUGGACAGUGAGAGAGAGAGAGACAGAGAUAAAGGUCUUCCUUUUGCCAUUGGUUCACCCUCCAAUGGCCGCCGCGGCUGGUGCACUGCGCUGAUCCAAAGGCAGGAGCCAGGUGCUUCUCCUGGUCUCCCAUGCGGGUGCAGGGCCCAAGCACUUGGGCCAUCCUCCACUGCCUUCCCAGGCCACAGCAGAGAGCUGGCCUGGAAGAGGGGCAACCGGGACAGAAUCCGGCGCCCCGACAGGGACUAGAACCCGGUGUGCCAGCACCUCUAGGCGGAGGAUUAGCCUGUUGAGCCACGGCGCUGGCCACAAUAUACUAAUACAUUUGUAAGAGAUUAUAGUUUCUAAAUUUCUGCUGGAGUGUUUAAAAAAUACUUAAAAAUUGGACAUUUUCCCUUUAGCUGAGUUUUAUAAUUAUGUUUAUUAUCUUAAAAAUUCAAACAGUACCAGAUGACUUCAUUAUUAUAAACUUUUUCCAACCUUUUUUUUACACAAUAGUAGCAAGUUAAUGAGCUUUAAAAAGCUCUGCUACUUUAAAAUUCUUAGCAUUUAUUUUGAAAUUUAAUGUUUAAGAAAGUCUUUAUAUAAGGCUAUUUGUCCUUUUGGAAAGUAUUGAAUUAAAAUUUGUUGUUCUAGACUUAAAUUUCUUCUAACUUGACAGUGUGGUUGGAUUACAAGUGUUGUUCCAUUUGUACUCCCUGUUCUGCCCUCCACUCCUAACUCCCAUGCUAGUCCUCAGACAGGCUCUUCCUGUCUUAGUUUUUCUUCACACCCGUGUUUAUUGAGUGUCUCCCAUGUGCCAGGCACUAUGCAAGGUGCUUUACAAACUGUGUUGAGAGAACAGACAGGAUCUGCUGCCCUCAUGGAUCUUGCAUCCCGUAGCAGAAAGUGCAUGGGGUUGGAAUGACGUGGUUCCAGGUCACAACAAAAGCAUGAGUAGAGAAAAGCAUUUGGAAUCUGUACCUCAGCGUGAUCAUUAAUAUUGGCUGUGUUUUACAUUUGUAGCUUCAGUGUGGCUUCUAUUUUCUUUUUCAGCAGUAUAUUUUCUACAUAGAAACAAGGAGCAAUGUGAGGAUAGUUUCAUGGCAUGAAUUUAAAAUGUUCUGACAUCAUAGUCCCAGUGUGCGCUAUGGCAAAGGAUAGUAUGUGUGUGUUGAGGGCUGAGAGGAGUAGUAUCUUGUUUGCUAUCAGUAAUGCCCAGGGUACUGCUGCACAAUUAACUGAAGCGGUUCAUUAUGUGACUCACCAAAAAGUUCUACUUGCUAGUUUUUCUAGUUACUGAGAGUACCCCGUGUAACCUUUUCUGACAUUUGAUUUUUAUUCUAGACAAAAAAAAAUCCAGAUUCCUUCUAUGUUUUAUUAAAUAAAUAUAAAUAAAUAAAUGUAUAUAAAUAAAUAUAUAUGUAUGUAUGUAAAUAUAUAUAUAUAUUUCAGGGGCCGGUGUUGUGGUGCAGGGUUAAGAUGCCACUUGCAACACCAGCAUCUCAUAUUGGAGUGCAGGUUCAAGUAGUGACUGCUCCGCUUCUGAUCCAGCUCCCAGUUAACGUGCCUGGGAAGGCAGUGGAAAAUGGCAUAAGUAUUUGGAUCCCUGCCACCUGGGUAGGAGACCUGCAAGGAGUUUUUGGCUCCUUGACUUUAUCCUGGCCCAGACCUAGUUGUUGUAGCUAUCUGGGAGUGAACUAGCAGGUGGAAAAUACCUCCCUCUCUCUUCUACCACCUCUACCUAUGCCUUCCUCUCUCCUCCACCUCCUCUUCUCCAUAAUGCUCUGUCUUUCAAAUAAAUAAUUUUUUAAAGAGUAAAUAGCCAAGUUUAAGAAUAUAUAUAAAAUAAAAUUUUGAAAGCUUUAUUUUGAAUCAAAUAUUUUAAUAUUAUCUCAGAUGCAAUUUAUUUUUUCAUUAAGCAAGACUGCAUUUUUACCUUUCAAAAUACAUUUUUCAAAAUCUAUACUGGUUGGAAUGUUUAAUCAUUAUAUUACUGAGUAGUCAGAGUAUCAAUAUACUAUAUAUAACAAAUAUUGAUUUCCAAUAGUUCUUACUGGGCUUGCUACAUCAGAUUUAUUUACUGUCAUGAAAUACAAGAAUACUAACAAAUUGUUAAAUACUAGAUAUGUUGUACUGUGAAGAUGGGUUUGUGCUCUGAAGAUUUUAUCUACGAAUAAACAGAAUUCCAGUUUGCUUACUGUAUUGUGCUUUUUGUGAUA